UCGGUAUUAGAGUUGAGGGAGCAACAGGCCUAGUGGACCAGAACUAGCUUGGGCCUGGCUAAGCUAAGCCCAAAGUUGGAGGCUCGGACGGAAAAGCCACUACAGUCCGUCCGUCCUCCCUCCCUCCCCAAGAAAAGAAAACUCCGUCCCAAGAAGAAACUCGCCGCCGUCUCCUCUCCUCUCUACUAGUACGUACUUGGUUCCCAAGAAGAAACACCACCAAGCACCCACCCCGUGUAGUAGAAAUAGAAAAAGUGCUUCGAAUUCCGAUCCGCAUCCGCCGACACGAUGUUUCUCACGAGGACGGAGUACGACCGUGGGGUCAACACCUUCUCCCCGGAGGGGCGGCUGUUCCAGGUCGAGUACGCCAUUGAGGCCAUCAAGUUGGGCUCCACCGCAAUCGGCUUGAUGACUAAGGAUGGUGUUGUACUGGCUGUUGAGAAACGUGUCACCUCACCGCUGCUGGAACCAAGCAGUGUGGAGAAAAUCAUGGAAAUUGAUGAGCAUGUCGGCUGUGCCAUGAGUGGCCUUAUUGCUGACGCCAGAACACUGGUUGAGCAUGCUCGUGUUGAGACUCAGAAUCAUAGGUUCUCAUAUGGGGAGCCAAUGACAGUAGAGUCUACCACACAAGCUAUCUGUGACUUGGCUUUGCGCUUUGGUGAAGGUGAUGAAGAAUCAAUGUCACGGCCAUUUGGAGUCUCUCUCCUUAUUGCUGGUCAUGAUGAAAAUGGACCCAGCUUGUACUACACAGACCCGUCGGGGACCUUCUGGCAGUGCAAUGCCAAGGCAAUUGGGUCGGGCUCUGAAGGAGCUGAUAGCUCAUUACAAGAUCAGUACAACAAGGAACUGACCAUCGCUGAGGCAGAGACCAUAGCCCUUUCUAUCCUGAAGCAGGUUAUGGAAGAAAAGGUGACCCCGAACAACGUUGACAUUGCGAAGGUCUCCCCUAGCUACCACCUCUACACCCCUGCAGAGGUUGAAGCGGUCAUCGCGAGGUUGUGAAGGAUUGCCACUUUGUGAGACAGCCUCUUGUAUUCCCAUGAACCCUAUAAAGCACAAUGAACGUAUGAACUCUGUUGUGGGUUUGGGUUGUCUGCCUACUGUUGAAGGGAUAUUAGUGCCUGCUUGGGCGUUGCAUCUGAUUCUCAUCUCCCAGCCCAGUCAUUUGUUUGUACUCCCUUUGUUCCGAUUUAUUUGUUGUUGGGGGAUUUUA